GGUUUCUAAGUUAGCUUUUAUUCUCCACCAUUGGUUGAACUUUGGAGGUUGCCAGUGUAUAUCUUAUCCAGAUAGAGCUUGGAGACAACAGUUUCAUAUCAAAACUAUCAGAUCUUACUGCUCAGUUUGAAACCUUAAAUGGCAUCAGCAUCAUCCUAUCUUCAUACAACUCAUUUCCAAUCUCUCAAAAUUUCCAAGCCAUCAUCAUGCAUGCCUGCACUUUCCAACAUCCAAUUCACAUCAAUUCCAUUUCCUACUACUCAUUAUCAACACAAACACUACCAUAUAUCCUGCAUCCCUUCAAGUCUCACUCUUCCCCUCAAAGCUUCAUCCACAGCCAUCCACUCCUCACUCUCCUCCCCUAACCCACCCACCUCAAAGGAGGAGGCCAUACUUCAGGCCAAAACAUCCCUUUCAACAACCUUAGAGAAGCCCCUCAACAACCCCAAACUAAUUGGCAAGAUCAAGAAACUAAGGCAACCCAAGUUCAGAGUUGAGAUUCCAGUCAUUGAUGACUCACCAGAUUCUCUUGCCCAACUUGCUCUUGAUAUUUUUGGAGACAUACCCAUCAAAAGAAAAGGUUCUCCCAUUAAAAUCUUAGUCCUGUGGCCUGAUGCUAAAUUGAAAGAAGCUGCCACUGUUGCCUUUCAGUCUCAUUCAACUAGCCAAGUUGAGAACUUUGACAUUCCUUCAGUGACCAAAGGUGACCCCAGAAUCUUGAAUUCUGCAGAUGUGGCAAUAUUAUUUUUGCCAGAGAGUUCUCAAUUGUCAGUGAUGAAAACAGUGAGUGAUGCCUUUUAUCCAAAGCCAGUGGUUAUGGUUAAUCCAAAAUGGGCAUUUGAAGAAGAGAGCAACUUUGGUGAUCUAAGUGGCUUUGUGGGGUCUUUUGAAGUGGUUUAUUCUUUCAUGGGAUUGGAGGUGAGAGGGAUCUUGAGCAAAAGGAAAGGUGUGGUUUUUAAGUGUGUGAGAGAUGGGGUUGUGAGUGGAGAGAAGUGGAAUGUUCAUGUAGAAGAAGGGGAAGGACUAAAAUUGGUUUCAUCUUUCAAGGCUAGGCCAACUAUUGGUGAAGUUGAGAAUGUGUUGUACAAUCUGAUGGCUGUUAAUUCACCUAUAACCAAGUCUGCAAAAUUCAUCAAGGGAUUGGUAUCCAAUGUGACAGGGAAGAAGUAAAUGGAGCUGAAGGUUUGGUUUCCAAGGUCUUUGAUUCAUUCACAUGACUUGUGAGCAGAACAUGUUUGAUAAUAUUGUCACAGUGAACUUUGAGUGCACCACUAUUUGACCAUUAUAUGAAGAAAGCUUGUAGAUGUAGUAGUACUCAACAAUUUUGAAUGAGAAUUCAGAUUACUUUCAAGGA